AUGACGUACGGAGGAGAAGUCUUAUAUUUAUUUGCUAUCUCUAAAAUGUCAAUUUAUCUCGUUUAAACGAAAAAUUAAACCUUUCGCUUUGAUUUUAUUUGUUUAUCGCCAAUUUGAUAUUACUUAAUGCUAGAUUACGAUUAUUUAGCUUCUAUUCGACGUGUGGCCAAUCAAUACGAUAUUAGUUAAACAAAUAAAAUGUUCAGUUUUAAAAGAGUUUAAUUGAAUUCAACAUAAAAUUGCUCAAUAAUUUUUAAUCAAUUUCGGUUAAAUGAAAUUAAAUGAAUUCGACGGCGUCAUCAAUUUUAACAGGCAUAAAAUCGUCUGGUCUUCAGUGUGAAAAAGAUGCUUUAACCGAUUUUUUCGGAUGGAUGCUCCAAGGAGUUCUGGCUGGUUUGGCGUUUACGUGUCUCAUAGGGAAGAGAUUUUGUGAGCCUCCAUACGUUCGACGGCCUUGGGAAACCUGGUGGUACGAUACAUCAAAGCAAGGAAUCGGUGCUCUCGUUAUACACAUGAUAAAUGUAUAUUUAGCGCCUCUCUUUCAGGGCGAUCCAUGCACAUGGUACAUCAUCAACUUCCUAUUGGAUUCGACAAUAGGUUUAUUUAUAGUAUAUGUGGGAAUAAGAUUGUGCCAGUACUUAUCGAAAAGAAAUCAUUGGGAGACUAUAAAUUUUGGCGUUUACACUGCACCAAAAUCAUGGCGCCAUCAAACUGGCAUUUACAUUGGAUUAAUGAUUAUAGUUAAGCUAAUCACAACGCUAUUUAUUCAAUUAGAUUUUUGGAAUCAUGUAAAAGACUUUGUGUUGUCGCCGUUUUCAAAUCCAAAAAUCGAGCGAGCCAUUACCAUUCUUGUUAUACCGUUUUUUGUAAAUAUGCUGAUAUUUUGGGUCACUGACAACUUUCUUAUGCGACAUAAUCGAAAGCAUCACACCAACAACAACAAUUUGCAAUCCGAACCAAAUCUCUUGCAACGUGUACGCGUCAGAUAUCGAUCGAUACGUAAGGGCAAAGAUAACGAAUCGGAAUCAGAGGCUCUUAUAUCUGGCGAUGACGAAGUGUUACAUUCGACAACCGGUGCCAAACGAUCGCAACGAAAUAGCGUAGUGGCUAUGGCUUAAUUUACUUGAAUAUUUUGUUUAUUAUUUACAUUUACUAUUACUUUCAUGCAGAAACAGCCAAAAAAAUACUCAUCUCCUGAACCUUAAUCUUCAUCUAGUGGAUAAGAUAAUAAUGGGACAAUAUUGUACAGAAUUCAGUGCGACUAUUGUAUUUGAAGAAUCUUUUAGACGGAUUUUAGAUAACGGAUCCAUCGUAAUAUUAUAAUGGGAAAACUAUAUUUUUAUAUUUGAAAAUAUUUAGUGCAUUUAGAUAGCAAUAUAUUAAAAAGUGGCCUUAUCGAACUGUACUCGGCUGAGCUGUUACAGUAACAGUGUAUUGAUAUAAAGUAAAUCCAAAAAAAAUAAAAAAAUUAAAUAAAUCUAUUCAUAUCCUGACUAGCUCAUAAGUAUUUAAAGAACAUCAUGAACGACUGUUAAAUUUGUUUACUGCAACUUGUGAUAUCACAGAAAUAUAAUAAAUGAUUCAAUUUUACCG